CUUGUAGAUGGAUGAGUUCACAUUUUCAAUCAUUUUAAAUGGAAUUGCUGGUCUGUCAGCUUUAACAUGGGGGAUGCUGAUUCAUUGUUGUACAAUAAAUACGGUUUAGAUUCAUCGGUAGUAGUGGGGACUGCCCUAAUCGACAUGUACUCAAAAUGUGGGCGGGUGAACGAUGCCGAAUCAAUAUUCAAUAUGCUUUCUGAUAGAAAUCUUGUAAGCUGGAAUGCAAUGAUAUCCGGGUAUGCUCGCAACGGCGAUUUUGCACAAGUUAUCAGUCUCUUCGAGUCGCUGAAAAUGGAAAGAGAUGCAAAACCCGACAGUAUCACAUUUCUUAACCUUAUAUCAGCAUGUUCCCAUAGCCAAAUACCAUUUGAGUCUGCUAUUAAUUACUAUGAUGCUAUGAUAAAUGAAUAUGGGAUUGCACCUUCCAUUGAGCAUUGUUGUUCAAUGAUACGACUCAUGGGGCAAAAAGGCGAGUUGUGGAGAGCACAGAGAAUGAUACAUGAACUUGGAUUUGAGUCAUGUGGUGUAGUUUGGAGAUCUUUGCUAGGUGCUUGUGAAACUCAAGAAGAUUUACAAGUAGCAGAAGUUGCGGCUGCUAAGGUGAUUGAAUUGGAGAGGGAUGAAGAUUAUGUGUAUGUGAUGUUGUCUAAUAUGUAUGCAUCUUUUGGAAGAUGGGAAGAUGUUAAUGUAAUUAGAAGCCUCAUGAGUAAGAAAAAAGUUAGGAAAGAAGCGGGUUUUAGUUGGAUAGAAAUAGAUAGCUUUGUCCCAUAUGAAACCACAUGAAAGCAGAGUGUGACUAAUCUUAAAUAUUGAGUCAUUUGUUCACUUAUUUUCCUCUUAAACAAACUUGAGUGAGGAAGUGUCUCUCUAACUAACUUAUUUCGUAUUCUAUUGAUAAACUAUCACAACGACUGAUACUAAACUAUCCAUAAUAUACGUGUAUAAAGCAGCUUUGAGCUUUGGACCACAUUUGGGACAGAGAAAAAAUCAGUUUCAUUUGUCCCCAUCCUACUUGGGAGAAAAAUGUCAUAUGUAUGAUAUUGAUAUAGGU